AUAUAGAAAAUGUCUCAAAGAGUCACUAGAUCAAGAAUUAAACCUUCGGAAGAUAAAGAUUAAGAAAAAAACGAUAAAAAAAAAGCUUAAUCACAAUAACCAGAUAAAAAAACUGUAAAGAAAUAACAAAAGUAAGCACAUGCUGAUAAAAAAAAUGAAGAAACAAAAAAAGAUCUCCAAACUAACGAUAAGAAAUCUACCAAAAACAGUAAUAAUAAUUAAGAAGACUUAAAAAAACCUAUUAGAGGACGUAAGCCUUAAAAAGAUACAGACAACCAAAAAGACAACAAAAAUUAAACUAACAUUUCUUAAAAUCGUUAAGAUGAUUUAAAAAAAGUGAAUAAUAAUAACACUUCUAAUGGAAAAGCAAAAAAAGGCCGAGGAACUAGUAAAAAAGAUAUAAUAGAUUCUUAAACGAAAUAAUAAAAAAAAGAUUAAAAUGAAAACGACAAAACAAAUGGAAAUAAUUAAACUAAUGGAAAACAAUAACCAGAUACUAAUAAUAAAGGAGAUAAAAAAUAAGAAGACGAAUCCAAAAAUAUAAUUAAAAAAGUAAUUACUGGUGUAGCUCCUUUAGAUGAAUAUUGUCUAAAUAAAAACUUGCAAGUAUACUAUGACAAGUAAAAAGUAUACGAUGCAAAACUAAACUAAUCAAACGUGACUGCUAAUAACAAUAAAUUUUAUGUAAUAUAACUUCUCAAAGAUAAAGCUACUCCUUCUUCUUUUUAUGUAUUCAAUAGAUGGGGAAGGGUAGGUGUUCCAGGACAAAAUUGCCUAAAAGGACCUUUUAGUGAAGAAUAGGCUAAAAAUGAAUAUGAAACGAAACUAAGAGAAAAGACAAUAAAAGGGGACUAUAGAGUUUUAGAUAUGGACUAUGGUAAUGAUAUAUAGGAUGAAAAAUAAAAAGAAGACAAAAUGGAUAAAGACGCUGUAAAUUCGACUCUGCCCCUUCCACUAAAAAAUCUAAUUCAAUUAAUUUUCGAUAUGAAAAUGAUGAAUAACUAAAUGAAAGAAAUCGGAUAUGAUUGCAAAAAAAUGCCUUUAGGAAAAUUAUCUAAAGACAAUAUUUCGAAAGCUUAUAAUAUGUUAAAAGAAUUAUAUACUGAAGUAGAAAAAAAAAAACCUAAUGCUUUUGAACUUUAAAAGGAAGGUGAAGAUGAACGUUUUACGAAAGAUUUACAUAAUAGAAUGCUUUUAUGGCACGGUUCCCGUUUAACAAAUUAUGUAGGAAUUAUUUCCUAAGGUUUAAGAAUAGCUCCGCCAGAAGCACCUGUUACUGGUUAUAUGUUCGGAAAAGGAGUUUAUUUUGCUGAUAUGGUGAGCAAAUCAGCUAAUUAUUGUUUCACAAAUAAAUAAAAUAAUAUUGGUUUGAUGCUAUUAUGUGAUGUUGCCUGUGGAAAUUUCAAUGAUAAAUUAUAAGCGGAUUAUUAUGCUUCCAAUUUACCUCCUGGAAAACAUAGUACUAGGGGUUUGGGUAAAACAGCACCACUAGAAGGUUCUUAUAUAGAUCAUGAAGGAUGCAAAAUUCCGAUUGGAGAAGGAUAAGAUUAGAAAGAUUAAGGAAAAUAAUAUUCACUUUUGUAUAAUGACUAUUUAGAAUCAGAAGGAAUGGAGAAAACAUUAGCAUUUAAACAACAAUAAUUAAAAGCUCUUCUUCCUAUAUAAAAUGCUGACAAAAUAUUUGAUUUAAAACUUGAUUGGGGAAAAUAUUCUAUUGAUUAUAAUAGAAAUGGUACACAUUUAUUAUUAGGUGGUUCAAAAGGUCAUUUAGCCGUAUUUGACUGGCGUUAAAAAAAGCUUAAUUGUGAAAUACAAGUAAAAGAAACAGUAAAUGAUGUAAAAUUUUUACAUGACGAAAGAAUGUUUGCUGUUGCCUAAAAAAGAUAUAAAUAUAGAAUGAAGAACAGAGACCCUUAAUGCCUAAAACUAAAUCCUUAUAAUGCCAUAAGUUGUGUAGGUGAUAAUAGAGGUUGUGUUUCUAUGUAUUCACCUAAUACAAGUGAACCAUUAGUAAAAAUGCUUUGCCAUAAAGGGACUGUAAAUGCAAUUUCGUUUGAUAGAAGAGGCUAUAAUAUGGUAACUGCGGGUACUGAUGGAUAAUGGAAAGUUUGGGAUUUGAGAACUUAUAAAGUUUUACAUGAAUAUUUUGCACCUAAUACUCCUUCUAAACUAGAUAUUUCUUAAUCAGGAAUUUUGGCUUUGAGUUAUGGGUCUAGGGUACACUUAUGGAAAGAUUGGCAUAUUUAAAAAUAAAAAUAACCUUAUAUUAAGCAUGAAGCAUUCUCUUAUAAUACUGUAACUGAUUUGUAAUUUAUUCCUUAUGAAGAUUUUCUUGGAAUUGGAAUAAAUGGAGGAUAUUAAAGUAUUGUUGUUCCAGCAGCCGGGGAGGCUAACUUUGAUGCAUUUGAAGCAAAUCCAUAUUAAACUAAAAAAUAGGCAAGGGAAGCUACUGUUUAAAGACUUUUGGAAAAAAUUCCUAGUACAACUAUUAGUUUGAAUCCUAAUAAAAUUGGAACAGUAGAUACUGCAAGCAAAUAAGUUAUUGAUGCUGAGGAAAAGGCAGAAAGAGAGGCUAAAGAAAAAAAUUAAAUUAAAAAGAAAAAAAAUAAAAUGAGAGGAAAGAAUAAAACUGGUAAGGUGGAAGCAAAAAAAUAAUUCGAAAAAUAAUAAGAUAAAAGAGAAUAAUUAAAAGAAUAAAUUAAUAUUAAGAUGAGAGUUAAAAAUGCAGAAAAAGAAAAGAAGGUUAAAGAACUAGAUGUACUUAAUAAAUUGGAUAAUUUUGGAGAAUUCGAUCCUAUGUAUGCAAUAAGAAAAUAAAGAAAAACUUAAUGA